UAGUCCAUUUUGAAAAGUUUUAACCAAAAAAAAAAUAAAAAAUAGAGUUCAGAUAGAGCUUCUCGGUGACUUUCGGCUCCCAUCCCCAGCUGCGGAACGUCAGCGCGCCGGCGACCGUACGAAGGCCGUUGCGUCAGCCCUUCCCACCGAUCCUCCGCGCAUUUUUUGCCGUCGUGCGAGGCGAUUUCAUGCCACCUGCAAGGCAAGCUCCUCCGUGAUAAGAACAACACAAAAUCUCUACUCUGCUUUUUCAUUACCUCUCACUGAGCUCGCAAAACUUCCUCAGGCUCUCCAAAAUUAUUACUUGAAUUCAAUCUUUUCAGCUGCCGAAACCCCAAAAGCAUAAAAAGAAGAAUCAAUGCAUGCUUCAAGGAUUCUUCGCAGGUCGAUUUGCCAUUAUAUAGUGGGAAAACAUAAUUCUCUCCAAUCCUUUUCGGCAAUCCAAGAGAACUACUCACUCACUCUUAAUCCCCAAAAAUGUCUUCACCAAAGUUGCAGAACUCUCAUCUUGGAACCCACGUCGUCUCAGUUCGUCAAACUUAACAGACUCUCCGACUUGGAUUCUGGAAUUGUUGAAGUUAGUUUGGACAGGCCUGAGACGAAGAAUGCCAUUGGGAAAGAUCUGCUGAGAGGAUUUAAAAAUGCACUUGAAGAGAUCAGUACUGAUUCCUCUGCUCAUGUCAUGUUGAUCCGUAGUUCAGUUCCCAAGGUGUUCUGUGCAGGGGCUGAUUUGAAGGAACGCAAGAGACAGAGUGCGUCUGAGGUUCAAUCUUUUGUAAACUCAUUGCGCUCCACAUUCUCAUUUUUAGAGGCACUUGGUAUACCUACUAUUGCUGUCAUUGAAGGUGCUGCAUUGGGUGGUGGACUUGAAAUGGCUCUAUCAUGUGAUCUCCGAAUAUGUGGAGAAGAAGCCGUACUGGGAUUGCCAGAAACAGGACUUGCUAUAAUUCCCGGGGCGGGUGGGACACAGCGGCUUCCUAGAUUGGUCGGAAAAGCCAAAGCUAAGGAACUUAUAUUCACCGGCAGGAGGAUUAGUGGCAUGGCUGCAUUGUCUAUUGGCCUCGUCAAUUACUGUGUUCCUGCUGGCGAAGCUCAUCAAAAAGCACUCGAAAUUGCUCGGGAAAUAAAUGAAAAGGGUCCAAUAGCAAUAAGAAUGGCGAAGAGGGCCAUUAACGAUGGACUGGAGGUAAACACGGUUUCAGGCAUGGCAGUAGAACAGGAUUGCUACGGACAACUCUUGGACACAACAGAUCGUUUGGAAGGCCUCGCGGCAUUUGCUGAGAAGCGGAAACCAAAGUACACUGGAGAAUAAAAUCAUAGUUGAUAUAGAUCUUUAUUUGGUGUUAACUAUUCGAGAUUCAGCAGCAGCAGCAACAACAAAAGUUUCCUUUUCUAAAUAAUUUGUUUAUCGUAUAUUGUCUUUAAUUUCAUUUAGUUUCCAGUUCUUGCUAGUUUCCUAUUCCUAGCCUCAACAAGUCCUAUGUAUAUGAGUGUAAUUGGAUUAUUAUAAU